AACCAUGAAGGUGGUAGCGUGCUUCGUGCUAGGUCUCGCGGCUCUCGCCGCAGCCCGUCCCGAUGUUGUCGGUGACCAAACUUUGGUUACCAUGGAUGUUAAACAAAAGCAGUUCUUCAUCCUGAAGCUGCUGAAUAACGUUAUGGGACCAGUUAUGUACAAAGACAUUGAAGACAUCGGCAAGAACUACAAAAUCGAAGACAACAUGGACAUGUACACUAAACAAACUGUAGUCAAGGUGUUCCUUAACAACUGGAAUAUGGGUUUCUUACCGCGUGGUGAAAUUUUCACCCUCCACGUUGACCGUCAACUCAAGGAGGUUGUCACUAUGUUCCACAUGCUGUACUACGCUAAAGAUUUCACCACCUUCAUUAAGACCGCAUGCUGGAUGCGUCUCUACCUUAACGAAGGCAUGUUUGUCUAUGCCCUCACUGUAGCUGUCAGGCAUCGUGAGGACUGCAGAGGCAUUAUCCUUCCUCCACCUUACGAGAUCUACCCAUACUUCUUCGUCCGUGCCGACGUCAUUCAGAAAGCUUAUAUGCUUAAAAUGAAAAAGGGUCUUCUCGACAACAAGCUGUGCGAUUUCUACGGAAUCAAGAAAACCGACAAAGAUAUUUACAUCAUUGAUGAAAACGUUUACGACACUCGCGUCUAUCUGAAUGAUGAAGACAGGCUCAGAUACUUCACUGAGGAUAUCGAUCUUAACACUUACUAUUACUAUUUCCAUGUUGACUAUCCAUUCUGGAUGAAGGAUGAUUUUAUCACGAACAAAUUCAUGAUCAGACGUUGGGAGCUCACUAUGUAUGUCUACCAGCAAAUUCUUGCUAGGUACUAUUUGGAACGUCUUUCUAAUGGUCUUGGUGAUAUUAUCAAUCUAUCUUGGUACAAACCAAUCAGAAAGGGAUACUGGCCUUGGAUGAUUCUUCACAAUGGAGUGCAGAUGCCUGUAAGGUUUAACAACCAAAUUAUCGUCGGCGACAGAGAUAUCGGUGUUACGAAACUUAUGGAGGAUUAUGAAAGAAUCAUUACCGAAGCAAUCAUCAAAGGAUUUAUUGAGAUUAAUGGCAUCAGGUUGGAUCUGACCAAACCCGAAGAUGUAGAAGUAAUUGGCAAGCUUAUUUAUGGUACAAUUGAAAAGACUGACUUGACUAAGCUUCAGGUGGAUUCCUACCGCUACCUUCUUAUCUUAAUAAAGGCAGUGAUUGGCCUUAAUACCUGGACUGGUGACCAAUACUUUGUCGUACCUUCUGUCUUAGACAGUUACCAAACUGCUCUCCGCGACCCAGUUUUCUACCAACUUCAGAAACGUCUUUGCAAUUUGUUGAUUCUUUUCAAGAGACGCCUACCUAGCUACACUCACGAAGAACUGUACUUCCCUGGUGUUAAAGUUGACAAUGUAAUGGUUGACAAACUUGUCACAUACUUCGAUGACUACUUAAUGGACAUGACCAACGCGGUUACUUACAAUGAUGAGGAACUCAAAAAGACCACAUCUGAUAUGGUAUUCUUUGUGCGCAAACGCCGCCUUAAUCACCAGCCAUUCAAAGUCACCCUUGACAUUAUGUCCGACAAGACAGUCGAUUGUGUAGUAAGGUUAUUCUUGGGACCAAAGGAAGACCACCUUGGCCGCCUGAUUGAUCUCAACAUUAACCGCGUUAACUUCGUCGAACUAGACUCUUUCCUAUAUAAACUCAACACUGGAAAGAAUACAAUUGUCAGGAACUCUAUUGAUAUGCACAACCUUGUUCGUGACCGCAUCAUGACCCGUGAUCUCUGGAAGAAGUUGGAUACUAUAACCGACAUGAGAGACCUUUUAAUCAAAGAUCUCAGAAAUUACCACACUGGUUUCCCCACAAGACUCCUUUUGCCUAAAGGUCGCAUUGGUGGUAUGAAGAUGAUGCUGUACGUCAUUGUAACUCCUUUGAAGUUAGUUGACAACAUCGAUACCUCUAUCCUCGAUACCAACCGUAAAGAUUUAUUUGUCGACUUCAGAUCCACUGUUCUUCUUGACAAAAUGCCGCUUGGUUUCCCAUUCGACCGUCAGAUCGAUCUUACUAAAUUCUUCACAGCAAACAUGAAAUUCUUAGAUGUCAUCAUCUUCCACAAGACCCAGGUUUGCGAUAUGAAGACCCGUUGGGAUCGCUAUGUACUGAGAAAUUACGACUUAGUUGGCAAGACUCCAUUGGUUAACGACUACUACACUGGUGUUGAUAUCAACACUAAAGUAGACAGAGACAUGAACAUCUUCGAUAUGUAAAUCUAGAAAUCUUCUCAAAAUACUCCGAAACUCUUUAUGUAACUAAAAUGCAAUGUAUGUAAAUUAUAAAUAAAAUGAAUUA